AACCAGGAUGUGUUUUAUUAGCUAAUAAGAUGCAUCUGCUUUUAUUAAAGAGAGAGCCAAAGUGGAAGGGAGGUCUAGGGACUGACUCCCAAAGGGGCACAGAGAGGCUGUGAGCCCACUCACUGGCCACAGCUGUGCCCUGUAUUGAUGCCCUCAAAGCCUUUCUCUUCUUGUCUCUGCUCCUCCUUAAACCUCUUACUCAUGCCCAAGUCUAGUCAAGAUGCCCCAGGGUUACACCUACGAACCUGCAGCACUACGGGGGGGGGGGGGGAGAGCUGUCAUUGACUCAAAGGUGGACAGGGGAGCCCAUGCCAGACAAAAGACAAAGACAGGAAGAAUUUCUGAGCUUAAUUGGCAAUUAUCCAACAGACAAAAACACUGUACUGUUUUUUGGGGUUUUUUUUGAGCAUUAAAAAAAAAUCCGUGGGUUCAGCACGUAACCCUCGGAGGUGAAACUCCCAGAACUACCCCUGGUGUGUGUGUGUGUGUGUGUGUGUGUGUGUGUGUGUGUGUGUGUUUGUUGCCACCAUCCUAGCAAGCACUCACUGAGCAUCAUCCUGGAGUGGGAACUGAGCAUCUUUCCCAAGAGAAUGGGGACUAGGGAUGCAGGCCGAAUAGUCAGGACCCAGGCUCCUCUCCAAGGAGUCAAAAGACAUUCAAAAACUGGGUUGUGCGAUGUGGACAAGAAACUGGAAUCCUGGAGGAAACUCUGGAAAGAAGCCCGGGGACAAUGGGUUCUAGAUGGGAGUAAUUCUGUGGUCUUGGACAGGAGGCCUUUCCUUCACCUAUAAAACAAACUGAAGUGCCUUUCCGUCUUUCCAAAACGCUGUGUGGAACUGGAGCUUCUCUGAGCAAAGCCUGGACUCCAGUCAUCAGAGCUCAGCCCAUCCCCCACAGCUCCUGCACUUGUCUUUGGGGACAGCUUGGACCUCGCUGCAGUCUGGUUGGCUCAAACGUGGGCAGAUCUGUGGGUCGGAGUCUAGCGCCCCCUGGUGGCGCCGAGACGCACAAGCCCUAUCGGACCUCUUGCUGGCCCGACGGUCAGGCCAUGACUCAGGGUGCCACCGCUGCCAGAGCAGCGGGAGGCCUGACUGGGGUUCCGUCGUAGGCUGAGCCACGACUCAAUUAAUUACCAGCUGCUGGGAAUCUUUGUUGCUCGCUUGUGGUGACUCACUCCGCAGCCAGGCUCCCUUGCAAAGCACGGGGGCCUUGGCUUCCAAAAUGAAUUUUGGGGAGCGCACCUGAUCAGGUGGAGCUCCCCAUCCGGGUACCAGGAAGACCACACGGAGACUUGACUGUUCAGGAAUAGCUCACAGCGCCCGAUGCCCCUGCCCUGUGGUGCACUCAUGAUCCUUUAAAUUUUACCUGGGAGCAUACAUGAAGCCCCUAGUCCAUCGGGCUAUGCGUCUGGGUAGACAGAGGCUGGGGCAUGGUCUAGGAAGCUGAAGAACACAGGGUUUCUAAGUCUCCGAACUCUUUCAACAGCUGGGGACGAUUCACAGGCUGCUCCUAUCUCCAUGGACAGCUUCUAGCUCCCGCCUUUUAGCUGUUGCUUGGUGGUCACCAGAUCUCUUCAUCAGCGUCCAUGGCUAGGGACAGAGAAGAUAGCCUGGUCGAGGAAACCAAAGCCCGGGGUCUCAAAAGCGUGAUUCUGUCUGUCCCAGUCCGCAGCAGCACUGCUCUAGGGGAGCUUUGUGAGCAAGAAAACCUCUGGGCAACCUAAAGAGGAUGGGUGGGUGGGGAACCCAGAAGACCUAAACAGGAAUCCUGGCUUCUUCCUUAAACUCAAAGGCUAGUAGCUCCCUGGCCAGAUCCUCCUGUUCUAUUUCCAAGCCUUAACCUGGAGGGUGCCUCGCCGGGGGAGCGCGCGCGGGGGGGGGGGAAGUUCCUGCACUCUGCUCCUCAGCAGAGGAAUCAAGAAAUGAACAGUGAAGAAGCGCGCGCACUGGGGGAAGUGGGGAUGGGGGGUGGGGGCGGGGAGGCUACUGCUGGAGAGGGGAAAUGAGAAUUCCUGUCCAUCCUUUCUUGAGGUGUAACUCUUAAAAGUGGUGGUCUGCGAGAUCUCUAGGGAAAAGUAGCGGGGAAGGGGGGUAGCAGGUGCAAGACCACCCGGGACACAGCCACUAUCCGAACUAAGGUGGCUGUCAAAACCCCAACAAUCUAGAAGGCAGUAUCCAGUAGGGCGCUGCUGAGCCAGGUGGCUGCUGCAGCUGGACGUGUGUGUGUGUGUGUGUGUGUGUGUGUGUGUGUGUGUGUUACAAGGGGGAGCGUGUGGCCACUGCUGUUGCACUCUCCAGGGCUCAUAGCCCCUUCCUUUUCUAUUUCCAACUCUCCCGGUUUUUGUUGUUGUUGUUGUUUUCCCCCAUAAAAGGUUAAUCUGUCUCCACUGGUCAAAUUCGUUUUUCAUCCCCAGCUGCAGGGCCCUCAAACUCUCUCUUCACUUUGCCAAGGUUGGGUGCGCUCUUAGGGGAGCAGUACUUUUUCAGAAGGAAGCCACUUCAUCCCCAUCUCAAACCCUCUAGCAGCUGGCCUCCCAUCCCCGAACCCUAGCAGCACCUAGUUCAACCCCUUUCCUUUUCUCUCUCUCUGGCCAUCACUCCUGGGCUCCUUCAUGUGCACCCUGCGCAGUACCAGGUCUGCUGCAGGAGCUGCCACUGCCGCCUCACCAGCUGGCUGGGGACCAGGCGGGAGGUGGCGCGACCCAGAGGCUGCAGGAGGGAGGGAGGGAGGGAGAAAAGAGAGGAGGGAGGGAAGCCGGUCCUCGGAGUAGCCUGCCCCCCUCCCUCCCGCCGGAGCGGGGCCGUCAAACGCAAACACGCGCGCACGCACACCCGCGAAUACAUACACUCGGGCUCCCUCCGGCGCGCACGCACAGCGCCUCAGGCAGACCAGAGCGGCGGCUGCCUCUCUGGACUCCUGGACGCCAGAGUCUUAGGAUCCUCGGGCAGCUGAUGCGCCUUUGCCUGUCCCCAUCCCUACCCUUCAGUUCCUCCAGGGCUGCGGGACCCCUCCCGCCGCCGCCGCCACCUCGCCCGCCACCCGGCGAGGAGCUGGCUGGCCGGCCGCUGCCGCGCAGUUCCCUCUUCGUCCCCGAGGUAGCUCCGUCGCGGCUCCUGUCUUGGGCUUCGUCGUGUUCCUGAGCUUCAGAGGCUGAGCAGAACAAACUUCGCAGAUCGGCUGUCGCGCGGCGGGCACCCCGCGUGCCCCGCGCGCCCAGGUGGGCACGGGGCUUUCGGAUCUUGGGGCAUCGGGUUUCCUCGCCCGUUGCCCCUGCUAGAUAGACUUUAUCCCUGCUUGCAGGGAUUCUAGAGACUCCUUCACUUAGCAAACUUUCUAUUUCCCCCAACCCAAAGGGGGUGAAGAAAGCUAGAGGGAGAAGCAGGUCCCCGCGGGGCAACCGCCACACUGGAGGCGAUUAGCUGGGCCCCGCUAGCCGGGGAACGCAUCAGGGAUGGGGAACCCCUCCCCGGGUCUCCCUCUGUCCCGGCUACCGAUCCUGCCCCAACCGAGCCCGCAGGCUCGAGGGGCGAGGUGCCCAGGACCAGACAGCCCGCGCGGAACGAGCUUGGGCCAUCCAUCCGCACAACCAUCCGCACUGGGGCAAACCGCUUGACCCAGGCCUGGCAUAGGGUGUCCCGGGUUCAGGAUCGCUGGCCUCCGCGCCAAAGCAAUGUCAUCAACAUGUCCACCAUUUCGCGCGCCCCGGUGGUGAUCACCACGCCCGCGGACCCCCCUGUGUACGCGGAAUCCGUUGCACUGGGUGCUCCCGAAGAGCCCGCUGUGCCCGCGGAACCCGCUGCGCCGGCGGAACCCGCUGCGCCCACGGAACCCGCUGCGCCCGCGGAACCCGCUGCGCCCGCGGAACCCGCUGAGCCCGCGGAACCCGCUGAGCCCGCGGAACCCGCUGAGCCGGCGGAACCCGCUGCGCCCGCGGAACCCGCUGCGCCCGCGGAACCCGCUGCGCCCGCAGAGGAAGCCGAGCCUGCCGAGCCCGGGGCGUCCGCUGGUCCCGCAGAAUCCGCAGAGUCCGGGGAGCCCGGUGAGGUCGUUGAGUCCCAGGAGCCCGCGGCACCCGGGGAGACCCCUCAGCCUUCAGGUGGUGGUGAAGUUCGUGAAAGUGAUGAUGCCCAAGAGGAGACCGAAAUUUCCAACAUCAGCUGUGGCAUCUGCUGCUACCACCGCUUGCAACUUCGACUCCAUCGUAGAGGAGGCUUGGUCAGCGCCGCGCUGCAUUGGGAUUCUCGUGGUCUGGUCCAACUUCCCUUUAGCAUCUCCUUCUUCGCGGCCAUGAAGCGGCAGAACGUGCGUACCCUGUCCUUGAUCGCCUGUACCUUCACCUACCUGCUGGUCGGUGCCGCGGUGUUCGACGCCCUCGAGUCGGACCAUGAGAUGCGCGAGGAGGAGAAACUUAAAGCCGAAGAAGUCCGUCUCAGAGGCAAGUACAACAUCAGCUCCGAUGACUACCAGCAGCUGGAGCUGGUAAUCCUGCAGUCUGAGCCCCACCGCGCUGGUGUCCAGUGGAAAUUCGCCGGUUCCUUCUACUUCGCCAUCACUGUCAUCACAACUAUCGGAUAUGGACAUGCUGCACCUGGAACUGAUGCUGGCAAGGCCUUCUGUAUGUUCUACGCUGUGCUGGGUAUCCCCCUGACGCUGGUUAUGUUCCAGAGCCUGGGCGAGCGCAUGAACACCUUCGUGCGCUACCUGCUGAAACGUAUCAAGAAGUGCUGUGGCAUGCGCAACACUGAAGUUUCUAUGGAGAACAUGGUGACCGUCGGCUUCUUUUCCUGCAUGGGCACCCUGUGCCUUGGGGCGGCUGCCUUUUCCCAGUGUGAAGAUUGGAGCUUCUUCCAUGCCUACUACUACUGCUUCAUAACAUUGACUACUAUAGGGUUCGGCGAUUUUGUGGCCCUGCAGGCCAAGGGUGCGCUGCAGAGGAAGCCAUUCUAUGUGGCCUUCAGCUUCAUGUAUAUCCUGGUGGGCCUGACCGUCAUCGGUGCCUUCCUCAAUCUUGUGGUCCUGCGAUUCCUGACCAUGAAUACCGAUGAGGAGCUACUGGAGGGAGAAGUUGCGGAGAUUCUUGCUGGAAAUCCAAGAAGAGUGUCUGUCCGUGCGCCUCAGAGACGCAAGAGGCACCACGCCAUGUACUUCCUCAGGAAAUACGGCAGAACCCUGUGCUAUCUCUGCUUCCCUGGUACCAACUGGGGUAAAGAUGAUGACGAUGAUGAUGAUGAUGAUGUCGUCGAUAAUGUUGUUGUUACUGCUCCUAUUUCUGCUCCUGCGCCUGCUCCUGCUCCUGCGCCUGCUCCUGCUGCUGUGGCUGCUGGUGCCACUAUCAGGAGUGUCCGGGCUACCGUCCACACCGUUUCCUGCAGGGUUGAAGAGAUCCCUCCAGACGUGCUGAGGAACACCUACUUCCGGUCCGUUUUCGGCGCCAUUCCUCCUGGAAUGCACACCUGCGGGGACCAUAGGCUGCACCUCCGUCGCAAGUCCAUCUAAGUGUGGGAGGGAAGUACAUGGAAGAAUCAUUUGUCAUGCAGAUCCAGGCAGAGCUGUCCAAAGGGAAAAUAGAGGCCCAUCCUCUCUGAAGCUCGCACCUGAGCAUGAAGCAUGGAUUCCUUCCUUUCUCCCCACCAGAGUUAUGCCUUACAUUUCUCCCCACCCUGCCUCCUCUCUCUGGGGUGGCUUUCCUAGGACAGGUGUGAGAACAGGAGCACCAAGACAGAGCUGGGAGGAUGGCCAACUGAAGUCUUUGACUGACUACCCGUAGUGAUGUCUCCGACCUAACUCCUCUCUUCUUCCCCCAAGGACUGGGUGGCUGUGUGUACGCGUGUGUAAUAUGAGCGUGUGCGCUUCUGUGUGCAGGUGUGUUGUGCGACAAGGUGGAAAGGAUCAGGCAUUCACUUCCCUUCUCACGCAUACAAUUUCAUACGCAGUCUCCUAGAGGCUGCUUCCAAACUAGCUAAACCCUGCAAGGUUGGAUUUAUCAACCUUGCCAAAUUGAGCACAUCCCACAAAGCACUUUUAACCCAAGAUGAAUCAGAUGGCCAUAGCGUCUAAAUCUCAUUCACUUCUCUUCAGGGUGUAGGCAGGCAAGACUACAGGUUUACCCUGCCAGUUUAAAUGAAAUCUUUAAGAAUCAUGCACUUUGUGGAACUGGUAUGCAUCAUUGACACAAGAAAGCAGAGAUCACAGAGGAGUAGUCGUAAAGCCACUAGUGUCAACUUAUGGAAGACCUAUUGAAUUUUCAGCAUUUCUAGUUCCAGAAGUUUUCCCUGCAGCUGGAGAUGUCAAGGUAAACAGGGAAAUAGGUGGGACCCAAGAGUAUCUAUUUUAUUAUUUCCCUCUUCCUAAGAAUGACUCUGACGGGGAGAGCUCUGUGAAGUCUCUACCUGCGUGGAGUAGAGUCCCAGUUUUGGAAUGCUUGGAUGAGAAUGGGUAUCAGAAUGGUGAUGUGGUUUUUCUUUUCCUAAUAAGAAAGCGACAGGGCAUUCCUUGUUUAAAUAUAUAUAGAGAGGUAUAUAUUUCAGGAACGAGUGUCUCUAAAUGCAUUUGAUCUGUACAUAGGGAGAAGUUCAUGUUGGUCUCAGGAACGUUUUAGAGGCUGUAUCUUGGCCUGCUGGGAACUUGUCAAGCUCAGGGGAUGCUUUGUCUAGGUAGUCGAGAUAUUCCUCCCCGCUCUCAAUAAAGGAUGACCCUGGAGGGGACAGCUUAGGCUAGAGAAUAUGGCACCUCGUAUGCAGGCCCUCUCAAUCGCAGGAGUCCGAGGGCAGCUUGGCCUCCAUAGUCACUGAGGGACUCUAAUUUCUCUCAUCGCCAUCCCUGCCAUCUCUAAAAGUCACCCCAUUCACUCAUCCUCCCACUCCUUUUUCGCACACUGGAAGUUCCUGGCUUUUGGAUGGAAAUGGGCUUUGGCUACACUACGCACGCACAAGGAGCGCACUUACUGGUCUUCAAGAUUUCUUAAAGGACACAGCAUCCAAAUGCCACCAGUCCCAAGCAUGUGUGCCAUUGGGCUGAAACCAGGAGCAUCCAGGACUCCUCUGGAAAGUCAAUGCAUGCACUUAAUGCUACACCCCUUGUUGAAAUAUUCCCUUCGUCUAGGACACGGGACCUUCAAAAGGAGUCUGUGAACCUUAGACUCUCUUGGCCAAAGUUGACAUAUUCCAACUUCGAGGUCUUUCUCAGUUCACUUGUUUGAGAUGUUGUUGUGUGGAAUGCCCUGCACAGGGCUCUCAAGUCUGUCCAGAGAAUAGAAGCAAUCACUAUUCUUGAAUGUUUUUUUUUUGCUCUGCAAAGAGAUUGUUGGCUCUUUUGGGUCACAAACGUGACACUCCUGAUGCCUAUAUGCAGAGUACUUUAUGCCUCGGAGGAGGUUUCCUGGAACACAUGUAGGAGUUCCCCUGAGACUGUUGUAAGAUUUUCCUUCAAAUGGUGGGUAGGUAUGUGUGAUCACCUCUGAUCUGUACAUGGUGUUGAGGCACUGAGAGAACCAAGGAUCCACUCUCAGUUCCUACCCAGAAGGGUCCAGAAGGUGGACUUCCCAACACCAAGGUGUCCUGACUCAGUCCUACAGUGGAGGACAGAUCCUGCUCGGUGUCUUCACAGGGCCAAGCAUUAGGCUCAGGAGUCAAGUCAGAGGGACAUAGGCUCAGCCUAUCUUUAGAGCUAGCUUCCCAUUCAUGCAUCUGUGUGAAGUGGUCACACAGUGACCAUUGUGUGGGAAGGAUCGAAUGACAGGUACAUCUUUUCUUCCCAGAGGAAUAUAGACAACACCUUCUAUAUUCUCACAGAAGUAACCCCCCCUCCUUCUGCAAGGUAAAGGGCUGUAGAGCGAAUUCUCUUUCCUCCUUAUGUGAUAGCUACUGAUAGAAGUAAUGUAGCAACUUGUACUUGGUUAUCAUCCUUGUAGCCCUCCCACGUCUUUGGCUAAUUAUUGCCAGUUCAGCUUUGGAGGGAAGGGCACCAAAUUGUCUCUUCCAAGCUCAACAUAAGAGCACCAAGGGAAGGAAUGAGUCUUGGCUUAUGUCCCUAUAAGUGGAUCUUCUCCAAUGGUUGAUUUGUUCCUUAGCGUAGGACCUGGUGAUAUUGUUCUCUGGGCACAUCCACUGAUGUGCUCUCUUGGGGUGAGAGCAGGGAGGAGUCAAAUUCUGAAGGACUCUCCAUUUUACCAUAUGGGAGUAGGCCAUUUCUAUGAAGAGUCCACCAGUAGAGUUGAAGGGGCUCCAAGCAGGGGCAGCUCCACUGGCUCCUUCAUUUUCAGAGGAGGAGACUGAGAUUUAGGGAAGUCAACAUAUCUGAGGUCAUGUGUAAAGAAUAUAGGUCUUCACACUUCCUUUUGCUGUUGUCCUAGCUGCUUUGUUGAUGUUUUGCACAGCAUUCCAAAGAUUCCCUACUACUGGACUUUAUUGUGUCUCUGGCCAAGACCCUUUUCCCUCUGUUGUGCACUUGGCAGCUUCUUUUAGCCAAGUGAUUGUUGUACCCUUCCCUCCAGUUAACCAAACCCCUUCAACAGACCUCAUGCCAGGUUGUUUGCAGAAGGGAUUCUGUCCCAGGAACUGGAGGCUGGCUUGCUGUCCAGUUCCUGGAAGUUAAUUUGCCUUGUAUAUAUAUAUACUUAAUAAGAUAUCUGACUCACUUGAACUCUUCACUAAGUGAUCUCCAUCUUUAUUUCAUCAAGGACAGUAAGAAGUAGGCAAUGAUAUGGAGUAACCCAGAGCUCUGGGCUUGCUGAUUUCUAGUGUUCAUCCCAUUUGGAUCCUUAAAGGUACCCCAUCCCAGGAAGAAGGUGCUGUCUCACCCACCUGCCUGUUAGACUUUGAACAUCAAGAGAACUUCUCUCUCUGGGUUUUGAGAUUCUCUAUUAGCCCCCAAACUGGAACCAGAUCUAUUCUUCCUGGUUGCCCCAUUCAGUCUUGAGGCCAAGGCAAUAGCCUCUAAGACCUGAGCCCAUGAUGGGUGAUUGACUGACAGAGGUGCUGGCUUCAGUAUGGCCAUAGUGAGAUGGGCACACCUGUAUGUUCUCUGUGUACCUGAUGAAGGAGAUAUCUGGAGAGUAGAUAAGCUAAGACAGGGAAUUUUUAUCAAUUUCAUUCAGAUAUGAAAACUGUACAGAUCUUGAAUUCCAGUGCCAAUCUAUGUCAGCUGGAAUGUAGACGGAUAAGGGCUCCUCAGAGAUCUUUCUUGUCUGUGUGCUUUGAGAGAAAGAAAGUUCAGAAAAUGAUUACCCAUCACGGAGGCUCUCAGCUUUACCUCAAUAUAUUCUUUCUAAAAUAAUGAGCCCAAUUCAGAGACUCAUUGAGUGUCUACAGAGCUAUGUGAUCUGAGAUGCCUGCUUGAAUGUGUUCACUCUACCAGCUCCUAGCGUCAGCAUCUGUGAGUUGUGACUUAGUUCUGAAAAUGGUAGCUGCAUUUCCUCCAGAGUCAAGGUCUUAUCAGGACCAGAAGGCAUCCUAGAUGAGGAAGAGUGGUAGGGCAGGGACUGGUUCUUCUGCCUUGCCUUACUGGGCUCUUGGAAGUCAUUUCACUUCUUGAGCCUCUGUAGUUUUUCUUUAAUCUGAUGGUCUAGUUAUGGUGGGGAUUUUGCACAAGAUGAGGACCUUUGGUUUGGAUGAUCUGGUCACACAUGAAGAUUGAUCCACCAAAAAAAAAAAACUUAGCUAAAAUUGUGGCAGGAGAUAGAGAGCUGGUGAAGAAACACAAGUGUUGACACAGAGCAUUGGACCAUGGAACCAUCAUGGGUUCCCUAAAGUGCUAGGCUUAGAUUGACUUUCUGUGGUCCCAUCUUGACCACAUGUUGGUAGAGGUUGCUGCUUCAGGAAAAUGAAAGUAUAUGAUCAUGAUUUCCCUGACACCAACUUUGAAAAAAAAAAAUGUCUGAAGGUGACAGAAAAGUUGAUAGACUAGCACUAUGGGAUUCCUUAGACCUCUCACCCAGAGCCCCAACCUCAGUACCCCCCCCCCUCAACACUGAGAUGGUUGGAAGAUAAAGUAUCAUGGUGUCUACAGCUUUUAGGUGGUUCAGCCAAAGAUAACAUUGUAUAUCUCUCAUGAAAAGUGCAUUCUCUUACAUAGUAAUGGUAAUUAUUGUCACACCUAAGAAACUUAGCAUAAGAAUAUCUAAUAUAAUAAUAUAAUCUGUAUAAAGAAUUCCCCAAGUGUCCCUAAAAUGUCCUACUGAACUUGUUUGUGAAUCUAAGAUGCCAUCCAAGAUCACACCCCACACCUGCUUGUCUUGUUGUUCCCUGACCCCCCUAAUUGAGGGCAUCUCCCUCACUGUGUUUGUGUCUCUUGAUAAUUGAUAUUUUUGAGGACCCCAGGCCCGUAGUCUUGUAGAAUGCCUAUGAUCUGCUGUCGUCUGCUUGUUCCCUCGGCUUGAGGAACUGUCGACAAGAAAAUGAUGUAGUUGAUGUUGUUUAGCCCUGAUUUAUGCAUUUGAUGUUUGUCUCUCUGGGGACCUCUGUGGUUACUGCUUUGUUGUGAAUAAAUAAGACAUAUUAAAUGUUGUUUUCCUCUGUUAGGGGACCUAACUGCAUCUUCAAGAGAGGCGUCCAUGGAUGCUGGGUCUCACUGUGAAGCCCAAGCAGGCUUCGGAUUUCUGACCUCUCCCGGGGACCUCUUCCACGAGGGGCGAGUGUCAGCACCCUUUCCCCUAAUCACCUGUGGGAAUGGCCCAGCUAUACCUAGACAGAAGGCACAGAGACAUGCUCCUUGUAGGGUCCCUUGCCUGCAAACCUGUUGGGCCAUCUUGGCACCUAGCAGCAACCUCAUGAGUGGUGAUGACCACCACACAAUCUCCUCAUUCACUACAGUAAAAGACAUGCCUCACUGUCAUGUCACUGGCCUGCCCUGCCCAUCAAGAGGCUAUCAUUUGUUAUCUCUGCCUUCAAGAUGUUUGCUCUGGCAUAUUCUAGAGCACAUUCCUUUCCCCGCCAACCCAUGACCCAUACCUGCUAUGGCUAUGUAACCUUUGCUUGCCCUCCUAGAGGGUAUCCCUGUUGCUCAGCAACAUGGAGGCAGAGAUGAAAUGCCUUAGUCCUUCCCUCUUUAAUCCCCUAUGGGAUCCUUCUCUGUGUUCCUGUGUGUUUGCUUCUCAUGGGUGAACACACUGAGAAGCAAAUGCCCGAUGGGUCAGCCUUAUGUGCAGAAAGUUAAGAAGUGCUCACAGAGGGGAGGGAAGCCCCAGGAUAAAGCAGGUCCAAGCAUGAGUUAUCUGGCUGAAGUAGACAUGGGGUAUUCCAAUGCAAACCCUUGGAAACAACGAAAAUCCUGGUUUGCAUUGCAUUGCUUGCUAUUCAAUUGCACGUGCCUUGGGAGUUGAGCGAGCCUUUACCAAUAGGUCCAGGAGCUAUCCACACAGCAAGGCACUUCAGCGUCGGAGGGGUGGGAACAUCUUCAGACUAUAGAAGCAUGCUGGGAUAUUUCUCCCUGUAGUAGGUGGGGUUUGGUGAUGGGAACAUCACAAGGGAAUCAGGUAGGGUAGUGUCAUUUUCUUGAGGGUGGUAGGGUGGCUGGGGGGGGGGUGUUCAUGCGCAAUGACACAAGACCCUGCACCUCUGGAGCCCUGGGAGAGACAAGAACACCUGCUUCUUGGUCCCUCUCCUAUCCCCAGAGCAGCUGGGUGUGCCGAAAGCUGCUUGGGGCCAGUAUUUUAUACAUCUGGGACCAACCUCUGUCCUUGACAGGUGGGUGGUGGAUUUCCACGUCUGUUUUCACACUGCACACGGUGCUUGUGAGAACUACAUGUGAGUGUUUACCGAGCAACUCCUGGAAAUGUAUGUCCACUUGGCCCAACAAGAGGCCUCCCUUCACAUCAACCAUCUGUUGCUUUGUGGGGGACCAAACUGUAACUGUAACUCCUGAGCCAUUCUGGUGCAGCGCUGUACAGAUGAAACACCAAGCAAGUCGUGCUGUACGCGCGAGCUCCGCCGCCUCUGCUGGCGGGGGUUGGGGGGUGGUGAGGGGUGGUGUGGGUGGUGGGUAGGAGGGCAGCCAGAGCACUUCCGUUCAGCAGGUGGCUGACAAGGUUUCGAAAAGCUGCAAGACUGGAUCUCCGAGCCAGGUGUCUGUGGAUCCCAGAGGCCUGGUACUGAAGUGUGGGUGGGGUGGGAUGGGAGCCUCAAACACAGAAAGUGAUACAAGGGCAUGCCUUAGGGAGAGGAGGGAGGGCUUGGGAGGAGCGGAGGAAAUCACAUGGGUGGGGAUCACACUGGGGAGGAGGCUUUGCAUGGAUCCCCAAUGAAGGGGAGCAACUUCCAAGAAUGUACCUGGUGGAGGUGCCAGCUCCUUUCCCUAAAUUACUAUCAAGGCUAAGGUGGGAACCAUGUGCUGUUUAAGCCUGUAAUUGUCAUUAUUAACCUUGUAGACAUUUAUCUUCAGGCGUCAUCUUGGUACCAGUGGAUCCCAGAGGACACACCCAGGACCAACGGUAGUGAGUUCUCUGGCAUGGCCAGCAGACCCAUGUACAGGGCAGAAAAUGGCUUCUGCCUGCACGGGACAAAGGGCUUCUGCUGGACCCCCUCCAAUACCACUGGUGACCCUGACAGGUGACCCUUCCUGAGAGGUAGACCUGAGAAUGACUUAGAGCACAGGAAUGCUCAAUUCUGCCAUCCCAGCCAAGGAUGGUUCUGGAAGGAUUGGGGUAGAGCUCUAUGCUGCAGAUGCUGCUGUACCUGACCUUCUAGGACAUGGGGCUGAGAAUCUGACUUUUAAGGAUACCUUGGUUUUGCCUGAAAUUGUGUGGGGACACAAAGGUGGAUAGUGGGAGGUGUGGGCUUGAUCUUCCCCUCACCCUACCUUCAACAUGGAGACAACUAAUAUGUUGAAGAGCUCUGCCAGAGGGGGUUAGCUUACGGUCUGGAGGGAUGUGGGAGGAGAGGGACAGCCCUGAGUGAACUUGGUUCAUUUGGCUUUGUAGCUUCCCGUUGCUCUUGAGUCCUGACCUCUUUGGAGGCUCCAAUCCAAUUCUGGGGAGACUUGGUAUCAAGAGAGCAAGAAUGAUUUGUGGUGUGGGGUGGGGUAACAGGGGGGUCUUGUAAACUUCAGGGAGAGCUUUGGCUCUGCAAACAGUGUUGGUUUGCCUUUUGCAGCUUGCUAGGGAGUAGGGAGAGGGGCCUUUGGGCAUCUUUCUAAGAGCCAGCCCUUCCUUCUCUUUCUUCCUUAUAUACAGUUGGGUCACAGGGCCUUGGCAAGUCAUUUCUCAUUUCCUCUAUAGAAGAUGGAAUGGCCAGGCCAGAAGCAGGUAUCUCUUAGAUACACACUGGUACAGAAGAGAUGAAACCCAUGUCACCCCGCUCUAGACUCUUUGCUGACAUUUUGGUGGUAGAAGUCAGAGGAGAGGCAAGGUCAAGUCAUUUCAAGAUGGGCUAGGUUCCUAAGAACAGGUCAACUACCCUUUCCUAGGGGCUUAUCCUUUCUUAGGUUGAGCUGUAUUGUGAAUUUCUUAUUGAAAAUCUUGCCUUUACCCAGUUAUCAUCCACCCAGUGGGCUCCCCGCCCACCCACACAAUGACAUAGAUGUGAAUGGGACGGUCACCACAGUAACCAAAGCCCUUCUCCUAAAGGGUCCUUACUGUAUUUUACCGAGAAAGCAUGACAGAGUUCCAGAUGUGAGCUGCCGUUCUGGGGACAGUUUCUGUGCAGUACUGGCUGAUAUCCACCUACUGAUUCCAACUUCCCUCACAGACCAGAUGCAGCAACUGUAUCUAGCUAUCUUGAGAGGCACUCCACGGGGAGCGCCCUCUCUGGUCCCAUGAGGCUGUGAGCUCAGCGGACCGAAUGCUGUCUAAGAUGUGUGAGCAGUUGCUGUAGGUUUAAGGAGCAGAGAUAGGAACUAGAGCAUGCCUUGACAAUUGUUUUCAUUGCUUCAAGCUGGAACUUUAGAAGUUGGGUAGAAAAAUAAAAAUCAAACGAAACAGGAAAAAUGCAGUGAGCGGGAAGCCAGUGAGGCAGAACCCACAAUUAACAAGAUUCUCUAUAAUUUGAUGGCUCCUCAGAGAAGAACAUAUCCCAGAAAAGGGCUAAUUAUACAUUUGUUUCUUCAGGCCACAAAUAGCAUUUUGACAGCUGGUUUUGGGUUGGGAAGGCCCUUGUGAGGUCAUCUCAGCCCAUCUUCUGCCUUAUCAGAAACCUCCACCAACCAAAUGAACACUGCAGUGAGGGGCAGACACUGUGAAUCCCGCUGGGCAGAAUUUGCAUAUGAAGUCAGAUCAGGCCCACAGGGAGAAAUCUGGGGUAUUUUGUUAUUUUCUCAUAUACUGAUAGAAAGGUUUACAAGUACACAGAGAAGGGAAGGAACAAGGGAUGUCAAAGAUGAAGAACCCAAGUUUUACCACACAGUCGAUAAGUGGUGAAGGUGGCUUUUUAGCCUAUCCCAACAGGUCAAGAUAUGGUAGACCAUUCCCCCUCAUAUCUGUACAAUCAUAACCUCAGCCCAGUGUGUAUCUGUGUACCUCAUGACAACAAAACCAGCCGAAAAGCAAAAAUCAAAAUGCCUGUCUCAUGUGAUCCCUGGCAUAGACGUGAAGCUUGAAUUAGUGUCAAAUACAUCUCUGUUAAAAUAACUGGCAUGUAUUCAGGGCUCAUUGAAGGGUCUGGUGUGUGUGGGGGGGGUGGGGACAAGGGAGUGUGGGCCUUCAUGUAACUGUGUGUGUGUGUGUGUGUGUUUGUGUGUGUUUAAGGGAGAAAAUGACAUACAGAGAGAAAGGGAGAGACAGAAAGAGAGAGAAAGAAAGAGAUAUAUAUAGAGAGAAACACACACACACACACACACAGAGAGAGAGAGAGAGAGAGAGAGAGAGAACAUAUAUAUACAUAGUCACUUGGUAUCUUUGGAUCUAUGUGCUUUGUUUCUUUUAUUGUUUUGGGGGAAUCACAUUAUUGGUUUUUUUUUUGUGUGUGUAUGUGUGUGCGUGUGGUAUGGUACAGUGCAAUACCUAAGUUUGGUUCUAAAAGUGAAGCUGCCAAAGGCUGGCUAGAAUGCCCUCACGGAAAGGGUGAUAAAGACGUGGAGAGUUCCACAGGAAACGGGGUUGAAGAACUCUCUGGCCAGUGUCACGGUCCAGGAGGGUGCCAUUGUGCAUCCUGAGCCUUGGUGGGAAUCGACCUUUUUGUCCUAGGGUUUGUGGGUACAUUUGCAUGACAGGUCCAACACAGAGAGCAGGCCUUUAGCGGAACCCUGCACCAGAAGAGGCAACACCAGCGAUCCCUGCCCAACUCCAGAGUCAUCUGCACUCCUGUGUGUGUCCUGUAUUCAUCGUCGCUGCCUGCUCUGCCUUCGGGAGAGAGCACCUUCACAAAUGGCCUUAGAACACAACAACCAUCAAGCGAAUAUCAGAUGUAUUUAUUAUGUAGCUUAACCUGAAAAAACUGAACAAACAUACCUGUAUCACCAAUGUUUACACAUCUUAGCUGUCUAGCUCAUGUAUAAUAUGUACCUCAUGCAGGGACUACAUCUUUUUUUUUUUUUUUUUUAAUUUUCUUUUUGUAACAAAUUCAGUAAACAAGCUGUAUAUAUUUUACAUGUCUUUAGAGGAAAAUCACCUGCUAUCAUAGCAUUGUAAACUAUCGCACUUUUCUAUUUUUUUUUUUUUUUUAAUUAAAGUCUCUGGCAUGUUC